AUGGCUGCUUUAGAGCGACAAUUUACCAAACUUGCACUUCUUGAAGCGGAACUUGGGGCGUUGGUGGAGGAUUUCCACACGCUGAAACAGGUUGGAGAUGCUCCUGUUCUCAAUUCCAAUGACGAUCUGAUGUUAGCGUUUAGUAAACUUGCAAACUUGAUCAAAUACAUGGAAUUGCUCCUGGUUGAGAAGAUAGACUCUAGUGGAGCGGGGCCCGAAGUUGAUCGAUUUCGAGAAGGCGUAGAGGUUUACAAUAGACAUCUGAACUCAAUCAAGGAGGAUAUUCCGAAGGACGUCAAUUUGGAGAUUAGUACAAUCAGGCUUGACGAAGCCGUUAACAGACCAAGACCGAAGAUAAAGAAAUCCAAAUCUGUGAGAUUCAAGGAGAACCUGAUAGACCCAUCAGAAUCACAGAAGCGGGAACAAGCUGCAUCAUCCUCUCCUUCUAAAGACGAGCCUAAUAAAGAUUCGCUUUUCGAGACCAACACAGUAUACAAGGAUGACGGCAGGAGUACGAUAGAUCCUUUGCGAAUGUCCAAUAAGCAAAUAUUUAUGGAAAACCAGCAAGAAAUUAUAAAUCAAGAUGACAUUAUCAAUUCAUUAUCGCAGUCGGUCAAUAGACAGCACGAAAUGUCUUUGCAGAUUGGAGAAGAAGUAGGAAAUCACAUGGUGUUACUUGACGAUCUGGAGUCCGGAAUUUCAAGAACAAACGCAAAAAUCAUUCGAGGACGGUCUAACAUAGAUCGAUUCCGGCAGAAUUUGAAAGAGCAUGGCGACUGGUUCACGAUAUUCGUGCUCGUGAUUAUCAUGUUCAUCCUACUAGUUGUUCUGAAGUGA